CGGUGAAAGGAGCGCAUUCAUUCAGGAGGGACCUUGACUGGCGCAGCCAAAGCCCGGAGAAGGAGUGAUUCAGAAGCAUCGCUGAGCGACGAGCACAAAAAAGCAAUUAGAGGAAAACGAAGGUGCAUAACAGCAAUACCUAGUGAACAUAAACACGGAUUUUUAUUUUAUUUUUAUUUUUUUAAUAGAUGAAAACUUCUUCAAUCUCACCCUAAACCUUGCGCGUCUCCCCUCUCUUCAAACUCACUUCAACUUUGGAUAAAUCGACUUUCAGCAGAUUUCGCGAAUGCGCCGAGCGCGCAGGAACUAUUUGGUGAUCUUUCUCUUUUUCUGUCGUGCGUAUUUACGCCGGUGGUUGGUUUUGUGAGACGGAGGGAUCGCUUGGCCGAGUGGGCGCUUGUUCGUGUGCGGGUUAAAGAGGAUCAGCCGGAGCAGUCAGAAGGAUGCUGGAAGGCAAUGCCUGCAGAAAGAGAGGAUGAGAUUUGUCGAAAGGCGCUGGAACUGCUCUCCGACCUGUGUUCAAAGGGAGAGGUGCAGGACGACAACUGUCUGGAUUUCAUCUACUACUUCAGGGACCUAGCCAGACCGCGCUACACGGACUCAGAUGUAUCGGUGAGUCUGCUGUCCCUACUGGUGACCACCUGUGGUCUGGCGCUCUUUAGCGUCUCUCUCUUUGUCUCAUGGAAACUGUGCUGGUUGCCCCUGAGUGGCCGUUUCCUCCCAGAUGUCCUCAAGGGGGCACACUUCCUGGGAGGAGAUCAACAACCUGUCCUCACAGAGGUGGACGGAGAAGAAAGGGAGUACAGCGAGGAUGGUUGUGUGAAGGAACCAUCGGGCCCCCCUUCAGCUGUGACUGUGCCUGAGUCAGCCUUGAAGAUAAGCCACACAUCACCUGACAUCCCACUAGAGACCCAGACUAAAGUGGAGAGGAACCAAGUUCACACUCUGGCCAGAGACAGGGUUCAGAGGCAAAUUACUGAACCUACCUCCUCUGUACGGCAUAACUCCAUUCGUCGUCAGAUGAAUCUGUCUAAUCCUGACUUCAACCCAGCUCAGUUUCAACGCCAGGACUCCCUGUCCGGUUUGGGCCGGAUAAAACCAGAGCUCUACAAGCAGCGAUCUGUAGAUGCUGAAGACGGUCGUCGGACUGACAGCUGCGGUCGUCUUCACUUCAUCCUAAAGUUUGACUUUGACCUGGAGCAGCUUAUUGUGAAGAUUCACAAGGCCCAGGAUUUGCCUGCCAAGGACUUCUCAGGGACCUCAGACCCUUAUGUCAAGAUCUACCUUCUGCCUGACCGCAAAACCAAGCACCAAACCAAGGUGCACCGCAAGACUCUCAACGCAGUGUUUGAUGAGGUGUUUCUGUUUCCUGUGGCGUAUGCUGAGCUGUCAAGCCGCAAACUGCACUUCAGCGUCUAUGACUUUGACAGGUUCUCACGACACGAUUUGAUUGGCCAAGUGGUGGUGGACAACUUCCUGGAACUGGCCGACUUUCCCCGGGAAACAAAACUAUGCCGGGAUAUACAAUACGUGACCUCGGACAAUGUGGAUCUUGGAGAGCUGAUGUUCUCGCUGUGCUAUCUCCCCACGGCUGGCAGGCUUACCAUCACCAUAAUCAAAGCCAGAAAUCUAAAAGCCAUGGACAUCACUGGAGCCUCAGAUCCAUAUGUGAAAGUGUCCUUGAUGUGUGAGGGAAGGAGGCUAAAGAAAAGAAAGACUUCAACCAAGCGUAACACACUGAACCCAGUGUACAAUGAAGCCAUUGUGUUUGAUGUUCCUCCAGAAAAUAUCGACCAAAUCAGUCUGCUCAUUGCAGUCAUGGAUUAUGAUAGGGUUGGACACAAUGAAGUAAUUGGAGUCUGCAGGGUUGGUAGCGAAGCCGAAAGCCUGGGUCGAGAUCACUGGAAUGAGAUGCUAACAUAUCCCAGAAAACCCAUCGCACACUGGCACCCUCUCAUUGAGUGGGUCGGACAGGGAGCGACAGUGAGUGGAAGCCAAGGAGGAUCUACCAACUCUCUGAAGACGCCACCGCCACCGUCACCAUGAUCACAUGCACAAGUACAAAAAGAUCCAAUGUCUCAGGAUGGGAAGAGUUGCAAGAGUUAUCAACUGAUAAUCCUGUUUGGAAGUUAAGACAUAUAACGUGUGACUAACAGUAGCAUCAUCAGCUGUAGGCCAGUACUAAAGCUGAUUUGUCAAUAGAUCGAAGUAAGUUUCAAUGUGCAAAGACCACAGAAAAGGCUUAUUCCACUUGUCUACAUCCUUUUGUGUCCUCACAAACCAAAAAAAAAAACACUUAACAUUCCAACUGAACCACCAGAAUGCUCUUAUUUGUCAUACCAAUCUGUUACUGAUAGUACUAACAAGAUGAAAUUAUUUAAUUAUUCUAGUGUUAUGUUUUUCUUGCUUUUUCCUAAGCUUGUUGAUGUUUGUGGACUAAAAUGAUUUACUUUUAGGCAAAUGUGUUUUGGCUUAAACUGUUGAUUUGUGUGAGUGGCCAGUUAUAGACAAAGUGUUUGCUUUAUGACAAAAGAUAAGUUAGAAUUUAAUAAGAACGUUCUUGUUUAGAUAACUGAACUUUUAUAUUUCUUUAUCUGUUGUGAGGCAUUGUCAAAGUUUAACAUGCACUGUAUGUUGUUAGUACUGGCGGAAAUGAACAAAGGGGAUUGUACUGCAAGCUUUGGUUUUACCCCAGUGGAAGACCUUCCUGCAGAGCAAUUCUUGUUAAGAUGUUUUGCUAAAAGACUGUAAGUGGCAGAGACAAAUAUUGUUUUUGUUUUUGUGCAUGUUAAAUUGUCAUUAUUUGUUAACAGGAUGUUGUCAAAAUAAAGCAAAGAAAAUUUUGA